AUGCAAGUCUUUCCCAAUUCUUAUCUCUUCACUUUUCCUAAACCCUUAAACCCUCCCUCUCCCCCUUUUCACUUCCACUGUCGUCCUCCGCCUCUACUCUUCCGAAAACCACCACCCUCCACCGUUGCAAAGUCCUUCUCCUCCGAGGAGUUCCCCGUCGACGAGACCUUCCUCCAGACCUUCGGCCCCAAUAGCAAGGAAUCCGAGGAUGAAGCUCGAAAGCGCAACUGGAUCGAACGCGGCUGGGCUCCCUGGGAUGAAAUCCUCACUCCCGAAGCCCAAUUCGCGCGUCACAGUCUCAACGAAGGUGAAGAGGUUCCUCUCAGUUCGCCGGAGUCCAUCGAAGCGUUCAGAAUGUUGAACCCUAGGUACCGUAAGAAGAAAAUUGAAGAAAUGGGAUUGACGGAAGAGGAGUAUUUGGCGAAGCAGUUUGAAAUCAAGGGAGAGAUUCCGGAGCCGUUGGAGACCAAGUGGGCCGGACCGCUGGUGGUCAGGUUAGUGCCUCCGCGUGAUUGGCCUCCCCGAGGGUGGGAGGUCGACCGGAAGGAACUCGAGUUCAUUCGAGAAGCACAUAAGUUGCAGGCGAAGAGGGUCAAGUUAGAGGAUAUUGAAAAUGGAGUUAGAACUGAGACUGAUGAUGUGUGUUUGGAUCGGUAUAAGAUGUUUCUGAAGCAAUACAAUGAGUGGGUGGAAGCUAACAAGGACUUGUUGGAAGAGGAAUCUUAUAAGCUAGACCAAGAUUAUUACCCUGGUAGGAGGAAAAGAGGCAAGGACUACAAAGAGGGCAUGUACGAGUUACCAUUCUAUUAUCCUGGUCAAAUUUGUGUGGGGAAGGUGACAACUUUGCAUCUCUAUCAAGGGGCAUUUGUUGACAUUGGCGGGGUAUAUGAUGGGUGGGUUCCUAUAAAGAACAAUGAUUGGUUUUGGAUUCGCCAUCAUAUAAAUGUGGGUAUGACCGUCAUUGUUGAAAUUACGGCAAAGCGAGAUCCUUAUCGCUUCCGAUUCCCAAUUGAACUCCGUUUUGUUGAUCCAAAUAUAGAUCAUCUGAUCUUUAACAGAUUUGACUUCCCACCAAUAUUCCACCGCGAGGAAGAUACUAAUCUAGAUGAAAUGCAGCGUGACUGUGGAAGACCUCCUGUUCCUAGAAAAGAUCCAGGAGACAAGCCAGUAGAAGAACCUCUAUUUUCUAAUCACCCGUACGUUGAAAAGUUGUGGCAGAUCAAUGUAGCUGAGCAAAUGAUUUUGAAUGAUAUGGAUCUUAAUCCUGAUAAAUAUAAAGGCAAAAAACUGUCAGACUUGGUUGACAGAGAUGAUUUUGAUGAAGAAAAAUCCGUUCAGCAUACAAAAGUUCAGUAUAAGAAUGCUUUAGUGCCAAAAGUAACUUUGAAAACAAGUGUCAAAGAGCUUGACUUAGAGGCUGCACUUGCUGAGCGUGAGCACCAUAAGAAACUAUGGAAGGAAGCAAAGGACAGAGGUAAGGAGUACAAAAUUACCACAUUGAAGCGCAAUAUUGAGAUGGAUGAAUAUGAUUUUAUGCAUUGGCGUAGAUCAUUUGAAGAAAGAGAAGCUUUGAUUAGAGACAUCAGCUGUCGCAAAACUCUUGGACUACCAUUGGAAGAGCCAGGAAGGUAUGUGGAUGCUAGUUUUUUCGGUAAAGGCCAGUAUGAUCCUGAAAGUCCUCUAUAUCGUUAUGACUAUUGGGGAGAACCCAAGAAUUCAGAAAAGAGCAGAAAAAAGAGGAUGACAGAUACUCAUAACAAAUCAAUUGUGGGCAAGGGCACUGUUUGGUGUGAAAUGCCGUAUGAAGAUAGCAUCAAGCUUCAGGGCAAAGAAUUCGAUGAGUAUAUAAAGCAAGGUGAAGGUGAUGAAGAAGAGGAUGAUGAGGAUGACGACGACGACGGUUUUGACUUUAGUAUUCUUGGCAAUAAUGAUGUCGCAGAUCAAAUCCAUGUUAAUGGAACCGAGACUUCUAGAUUGUCAGAUGAAGGCGUGAUUGAGAAAUGA